AUGAGUGCGGCACAAAGUAUGAUCAACUUGGCUGAAAGUGCUCGUGAGAUGGAGCGAAGUGAACGCGAGCUUAUGGAGCGAGAACCAUCUUUUGUGACUGCACUUUCCUCCAUUGCUUCUCCUAUUACUGAAAGAUUAUGUUUGUCUUCAUUAUCGCCAGUACAUGGUCGUGUCUUUCGUCGAUUGCAGCGUUUUCAAUUGCUACCAUCUGAGCUUAAAAUGCAAUCGGAUAUGGUGGCAGCGUACUUGCUAACACCAAAAGUGCGUCAACAUGUCUUUCAGAAGCGAACUCAUUGGUGGCACCAUCCCGUUCAUCUGGCAAAAGCUGGUAAAGGAAUGUUCAUUCAAGGCCGCUCACUCAUUAAAGCAAUUCUUAAGUUUUUAAUACUCUCCCACGCAGCCAACAAUUCGCUUCGCAAUGCUCAACAACUAGCAGAGACUUUAAUACUCAGUGGCUUUUUAUCUCCAGUCCACGAAGCUUCAACUGCUAACGAUGAGCCACUCGAAGAACUUUAUGUAUUCGAUGAGUGUUUCUACGAACUUGUGGCUCCUGGUGCCUCCGUGAUCAUACCAACACAAAGCAUUGUCACCUUCGACACUACAACGACGUCCCUGCCAGGUGCCGUCGUCUUGCCGAUUGAAUCACGUCACUCACCAAAGAAACUCACGCAUGUUGACGAGUCACUGUCUGUAUGGGCAGUUACCGACGGCGCCACUCAAGCAGCUUUUGUUCAGCGUCAAUUGAAAGAAACGCAUCUUCGAACAUUGUUUCACCUUCCGUCAAAAGUAGAAUCUUGUUACGCUGUGAUUAACAAGACAAAGCAUCACUCUCUCGUGUUAUUCGAAACAGACGUGGGCCGACAUUGUAUCGUUCAUAUAAAACUUUCUGCAGCCACAGUCGAGUAUUGUGUCGUUCGUGUCGAUUCGUUAUGUCUCGGUUUAAGGAUCUGCACCAGUAACGAAAAUAGUCAAGGCAACAGCAAAGUCGAGAUUCUGGUAUUCCAAAGAAAAUCCGAGCAAGAGCAGUGGCUAUUGGCACUUGUUGAUGCUGGAGCUACUUUCUUGGAAACUCAUGCUGCCAUUCUCUCGUUCGCAAUACCAUCAGCUUCAAUUUACUCGCUUCAGGAUAUCGACGCCUUUGGUCAAACUUUUCAUCUCUCAAACUUGCGUGGAUUCGUGGCUUUACUCACAAAUGUUUCAAGUGGUGCUUAUCAUACGAAUGAAAAGCAGUUUCUCGAACUUGUUCAAUUAUCAACCACAUACAAAGAUGCUGGUCUAAAGGUCGUGGCAUUUCCUAGUGCUCAAUUCGGAGACGUUGAGUUCGACACUGAUGAAGAACUUGUCGAGUAUUUUCAAGAAUUAUAUGGUGUUCAAUUCUCCGUUCUUUCUACACGUGAUGUGAAUGGUCCACAUGCACGUGAUCCGAUGCUUUUUUGUAAGACGAAACAAUCUGGCACAAUGAAAUCGGCAGCUAAUAUAUUUAUUGAAAAUAACUUUGUCAAGUUUCUCGUAAGUCGUGAUGGCCAAGUAUUGAAGCGAUUUGGUCCUGAUGCAGCACCUUUGAGUAUGGAAUCAGACAUUCAAUGCUUAUUGAAGACAUAA